AUGACACAAGCAAAUGCAUCCUCCUCUUCGGAGGAGUCUGAUACUGCCAUUGAACGUCCUGGUCCCAAUCAUGCUGCUGCUGCAUCUGGAGGAGCAUACACCAAUCGACGGCAGAAAAAUCUGCAGAAAUUUCGUCGGCAAUUUGCAGCUCAGCGUCAGACUUCUGAUGGAAAACCCUCGGAUACCAAAGCUUCCAACGAGACUCAAGAACCAACCAAAAAUGAGGCCGACACCACAGCAAACAAAGCUGCAAAGAACGACGAUGGCAAGUCCGUCAAUGCGACAAAAUCUGACGAUAAGUCUCUCCGAUCAUCAAGGAGUUGCGACAAAUCUCUAGCCUCCGCUAAGAGUGACAAGUCAAUGAAGAGUGACGACAAAUCAACAAUGUCCGUGGAAAGUGGUGACAGUGCAGUAAAAGCUUCCAAGAGCCUUGACAAAUCGGUCAAGUCAGCCAAGAGUGAUGCCAGAUCUGUUCAAUCUGUCAAAAGUGCUGACAAAUCAAAUACAUGCAGUGAUGACAAAUCCGUAAACGUGGAAAACAACUUUGACAAAACCGUGAAAUCAGCCAAGAGCGAUGACAAGUCAAUCAAGUCAAACUUGAGUGUGGACAGGUCAAACAACGACGACAAGUCAAUCAAGUCAGAUAAAAGUGAUGGCAAGUCUUCAGUCAAAUCAGCGAAGAGUGAUGACAGGUCCGUUCAAUCGGUCAAACGAGUCGACAAAUCAAAUAGUGAUGACAAAUCGGUCAAGUCUGAUAACAGUGGUGAAAAGCCCCUGAAGGUGGGAAACAACCUUAACAAACCAGUGAAAUCAGCCAAAAGCAACAAGUCGAUCAAGUCAAACUUGGGCUUUAACAGAUCAAAUAGUGAUGACAAGUCAACCAAGUCAGAUAAGAGCGAUGACAAGUCUGUGAUGGCGUCCAAGAGCCUUGACAAAUCUGACCAGCUAAUCAAGACUGAAAACAAGUCUUCGAUCAAGCUCGCACACAGUGCUGACAGCAGUGUUGAUAGAGCAAGAAGUCGGGCCAAAGCAAGGAAGGCAGCAAAGGCCAACAAGUCAUCAUUUACAAAGAGUGGAGGCAAAUCUGAGGCAGUUGAAAAGACAGCUGACACUUCAGCCAAUAGAAAACCGGAAAAGACUGGCAAUGAAUCUGCCGCCAUUGCCGCAGAAAACCCAAAGCCUCAGGCACCACUUUCUCCAAUACCAUCACGGCAACCAGCCCAUGUCCACACGGCUCCUGCAGAGGAGCACUCAAACUCGACGCUUGCAAAUUCUUCGCCUAUUUCAUCAAAGCGGCGAUCUCAUAUCAUCAAGAAACUGUCCAAGAAGACACGACAUCCACCUGCGACUACGGACAGUCCCGAGGUUCACGAAACUAGAACACUUGAUAGUGAAGACGGUCCUCCGUUGCUCCCUGCAAUGACAGACUCUACAAACAACAGCAAAGAACCUGAAGUAAAUGGUGGUGACAAGCCAAAGGUGAAUCUAUCACACAGGGGAAGGCUGGAUGACAGACAAUCAGUUAGCCCCUUGAGGAAAAAUGUAGAGGUGCACCAGACGAACACCCUGGAUAGCGACGAAGGUCAACCGCCGGUAAUGACGGACUCUACAAACAACACCAAAGAAGCAGAAGAACAUUGUGAAAAGCCGAAAAUGCCAUCAUUGCAAAGGAGAAGACGGCGCCCCAAGAAAACAGAGCCAGAGCAGCAAACGGGCGAGAAGAACAAUCCAAAACCUGAGAACAAUGAAAACAAGGGCGAAACGAGUAUUACUCGGGCUGUUUCAAGUGAAACAAUCGGUGCAGCGUCUGUGGACAGCAAAGGCGCCGAAAAAGCGUUGUCAGCCACCCAAACUUCGAAGGAAAAGACUUCCAUCAAGGCCGAGACAGCUACGGACGUCGACACAAAGGAGCUAAGCAGUGAUUUCCCAGCCAAGACCGAAAUAUCGGUAGCUAAGAGCAACCAGAUAUCACCAGACUCCGAAUCAAGCAUUGAGCCUGAAGCAGAUGCUCCAAUUGACAACGCUGGGCCACAUCAGAAGGACGAAGUCAAGACCGAAGUUACCGUAGUUGGAAGCAACCAGACAUCACCAGACUCCGAAUCAAGCAUUGAGGCAGAGGCAGAUGCUCCGAUUGACAACGCUGUGCCACAUCAGAAGGACGAAGCCAAGACCGAAGUUACCGUCGUUGGAAGCAACCAGACAUCACUAGACUCCGAAUCAAGCACUGAGGCAGAGGCAGAUGCUCCGAUUGACAAUGCUGUGCCACAUCAGAAGGACGAAGCCAAGACCGAAGUUACCGUAGUUGGAAGCAACCAGACAUCACCAGACUCCGAAUCAAGCAUUGAGGCAGAGGCAGAUGCUCCGAUUGACAACACUGUGCCACAACAGAAGGACGAAGCAACCUCCAACGGAAACACUGAUGUUGAGUCUCAGUCAAAAAAGAUAGAUGUUGUCCAGGAAACAAGUGAGGCCGAUAAUGCGGAGGUUACGGCCUCUGGGAGUUUUGACCUCCGAUCCAUACACGCAUUUCCAACGAAGCCGAUCGCCGAAGCAAGCGCAGCCUUGCCUCCUCGAGACCCCUCUUGGGACACUGCGAAAGUCAUUUUCAACGAAUUUGAUAACGGAGGGCCCUCGAAAAGUGACGCUAUCGACUUGUUUGAUACAGGCGAUCCCAUGUCCUGGGGCACAAGCAAUGUAUUCUCCGACCCGUUCGACGCAACCAGCUUAGGUGAAAAUAUCUUCUCUGAAGUUAAAGAGGAGAAAAAGGAAGAAGAACACUUUUCUUCACAACCCCUUUCGUCGCCACAUCGCUCUCAGCUCUCUCAAACGCAACUGGAUAGUCCAAGCAACAACAGUGCAGGGUUCGAUAUGUCCAGUGUGGCGUCUGAUGAACCCGGCAAAGAAGUAGAUGAGAGCGAAAGCAAUGCGGUUACGAUUGAUGAAAAAGAUGUCGAUAAUCUUCUGGCAGACGGCGAUAGUGGAGAUGUCUGGAUCAACAAGUCUCAGCCGUCCAAAGAAGAACGCCUUCAACAAUAUACGUCGCCAGCACCGCGCGAUGAUGAUUCGAGUCAGAGUUCAUCCAAGGAGGAGAUCGACGAUGACGACUCUUCCCAGGAGCCACCUGAAGUGGAUUACGUACCCCAAAUGGAAGAGAAGAAGGAGAACGAGGAGAGCUCAAAUUCAGCAACAGACAUUGAUUCUAUGCCUUUCCCUGUCGUACCGGUAGAUGAAGCCCCAGCGUUUGAGCAAGCAGCCUUUGCUGCCUCAGCCUCGGCAGAGUCAACUUCGACUCCAUGUGUUCCAGGAUUUACAGAGCAUAUCUCGUCGUGCCCUGUUCCAGCAGAAACGAACGCAACGAGUGUGGACUCGUUCAUACCGGCAACUCUCCCUGUUCCAGAAAUGAACCCAAAGAAUUUGGAGCCAUUGGUUUCCCUUUCCGCUUCUUCGUCUUCCACAGAGAGCAAGCCCGAUGGCGCAUUGGCAGAAAGCGCACAGUUUCCGGGCGACUUUGGCAGUUGUGACGGGUACAUUUCAAAGUCAUCUUCGUCGUCGACAUUUUAUCAGAACGGAGGUAUCAACAAACAAGCGGCGAAUGGUUUUGAAGGGUCGGACGCACAUUCAGAACGUAGCGACAGUUGUACCAGCGAGGACAAUUUGUUUUCUGAUGGCAGUGGCCUUCAAUACUCUGCUGAAUCUGACACUUACGAUCUGGAAGAGUCGCCUUCUUUGGUAGGCGUUUCAUUGGUUCCUAGUUUUGGUGCAAACGUUUCAAAACCUGGAAAGGUUCGGGAAGGUAUACCGCCAAAGAGCAGCUUGAGCCCGAGCAUGCUUCCUCCUCCACCACCUCCGCCCCUUUCCAAAAGAAAGAAGAAAAAGAAGAAGCGAAGGGGUUCUGAUAAAAGAAAGGAAGUACCGCUACUGGCCCCUCCAUCAGAGGAAAAAUUGAAGAAAUGGCUUGGUAGCAGUGGGAAAGCGAUGCAUCUCGGUACAGUGAGAGAGUCGAUGGCCGAAAUAAACAAGGGCCUGGAGACAAUCGGAAUGUGCAGCCCAUCGGCAAGGACACAAAAUCGACCUAAAGUAGAGGGGAUGGCCUGUGGGGCAUUGACCGAAGAAGAGAUUUGGGAACCAGUGGAGUCACCUGGCAGAAUCAAGAUUUCAUGCGGUGGUUACGGAGGUAGUGAGGGCUCUUGGGCCGCUGCAGUACAAUCAAACAAGAGUCCCACGGAGCUAAAGUGCUCCAAUUUUGCUGCUGGGCAAUGGGAUGCUGAUUCAAAGUCGGUCAACAGCCAGACUUCAUGCGUUGGUGGCAUCUCAGAUGCUUUUGAUUUGGCUGGACUGAAUGUUACGCCUGCAACGGUACCGCAGUCUUCGUCUCACACUGGACCAACACCGUCGCCCGUGGAUGCAGCUCGAUCCAAAGCUCUUGAAAACGCAAUGCGACGGGUAAACCAAGGGUCUUCGUCACGAUUUGAUUUUGGUGCAAACGCGAGGGAGGUAUUGGAUACCAAGUCCCUCUUCGAAAAUGACGCAAUUGCUUCAACUAGCAUGGAAACUUCAGUUGACGAGACAAGGUCUGGGCAGGACGAUGAAGCCGGGGAACCAAGCACAGUUGAUGUCGAGCCACCACAGAUAUUGCGGACAGAGUUGAACCUUGCUAUCAAUGACAAUCCCAUGACGAAUGCCUCUGGCUCAUCCGCCUCUUUCUUAGAGACUUUGACAUCGCCUAGUUUGUCCAUGUCCCCCACAAACAAUGGGAAGACACGUGAGGAUGUCGAUGAUGUUCAGAGAACGAGCACCCCGACAUCCUCUCCAAUCAUUCACGACACAAAGAUGGCAGAAAAGGUGGCAAUGGCAAGCCACGCCGCAGCGGUGACUUUUGAAGAAACGUAUUCUGCAUCUCGAUCGAAUCUGCCACAACACGCUGGUGAUGACGCGGAAGAAACCACCGAUUUGCCAUCCUUGUUUUGUGCACCUGAAAUUGGUGAAAACCUCCACGACAAUAUCCAAAGAAUCCCUGGUGGCGAAGAAGCUGCCAGGCUGUUCUUUGGUCAGGACAGUCGAGAAUUUUCCUCUAAGGAUACUCUAUCAGAUCUGAUUGCGGAGAAAACAGGGAUUCUCAAGGAUUUUGCUGUGAGCAGUCCGUCAAGAGAGGAACACAGCUUUGUUCGUGAUCUCUCCGGCGGUGCAUUUAGUCCGUGGCGGAACGGGGUUUAUGCAAAGAAGCCCAUGGAGGAUCGCCAGGGGUCGAUCACUUUUGCAGCCACGUCAAGUUCAUCGGUGUCUGUCGAGUCGGAACUGAUGCAGAUGCACAGGUGGCUCACUGUACGAGUCUUGCAAGUCAAAACCCAAGAGGCUUUGCUGGACACUUCGGACAGUGCCAUCCGCACUGUAAUUUCAAAUCUGCUGAAGGUCGACGAGAACCUUAACAAGCUUUGCGAUCACACUGCAGAAAAAGUUAAUGCAAAGAUCCAAGUUGAAAACGACGAACGGGCAAAGAGAAAUGCACCACUCAGCCCACGAAAGAAAAUGAGACCAUUCACGGUUGGGCGUUCCUCUGGUCAAAAGUCCUCGUCGGUUGUUGCUGCCAAUUUCGUUAGUUUCAUUCAUCGGGUAUCAAAGGCUGCGGGUAUACCUAGUCCUUUCGGUGAAGAAAACCCUUUCUUACUUGACCUGGUUACUACAUCUAUCCACGGCACCCCUAAGAACGGAGAGAGCGCCGACCCUACGACGAUGCAACGGAUCGUGUUUCGUCUAUGUCCUGCCGACAAGAUAGUCAUCUUCUGCGCACAAGUUUGCGGUGGGGUCGACAACGAUUGUGCGGACGUUGUCGAGCCUUCCGACACAAAGUCAUCAGGCGCCUCCAGUUUUGAUUUGAUCGAAGCUACACGGAGUACGGCAGCCUCCAAGAAGAGCAAGUCAAACGAAGAUGCCACCAAAACAAAAGGUGGUCUCCUCGGCGAACAGAAAUGGAUUGUACCAGAUGAACACCCAAGUCCAUUCGAAUCAUUGGUACAACACGAACCCAAGAUGCUGGCUGUCAUUUUGGACUAUCUGGGUGAUCCUGUCGCUGUGUGUAGGAUGAAGAUGACCAGCAGGAGUUGUCACAGUUUCGUCGACAAAAAUGAGCAAAUCUUGAUGCGGGACGCAGUGAGACUUGGAGGCCUAAGCAUGCACGUGCGGCCUUCAUUUUGGCUGUGGGUGAUUCUGGAGAAAUGCAGUGAAACAACAGGAGCAACACAAAAUGCGAGCGAAAACAGAGACCAGUUGAUGAGUCUCGAAGAAGCUGGACGGACUGGGAAAUACCACAAUGUUAUCCAAAGGGAUGUGGCCAGGGCGUUUGGCAAUAUGCCACCCCAUAAGACAGGUUCCCGGCUGCGAACUGAUUCGAUUGUCCGAGCCCUUGUAACCUGGGGGAAAAACCGUAUCAUGAAACGAGGCGUCAAAGGAGACGGCAACCCGCCACCUUCCUCAGGUCGACUGUCGACUGUUUUUGACAGCGAAAGUGAAGCCAGUCAAACUAGAACCGACACCGUUAGCGACUGGGGAGGCGUUUCACCUGUUCCUAGCUUCGCUGGAAGCUGCAACGGAACUGCUGACGGAGAGGACAGAUCCACCAGGAACGACGACGGAAGGAAGAAGGGCAAGGACGUCGUCUCCACCGAUUUGCUUGUGUUGGGUGGGAAUGCAUUGACGGAUGAGAUGAAAGCUGAUCUGCAAAACAAGCUCGCGUUCAUCCUUCAUGGAUUAGCGGCAACACACUUGGAUGUUGGCUACUGUCAAGGAAUGGACUAUGUUGUGGCUCAUCUGCUUCGCAUUCUGCAAGAAACCGUUUGCUGGAGGGCUGCACACGGUACUCUCCCCGCUUCAAUUCUCUCUGCACCCAAGUUUCCUGAAGUUUUCGAUGAAGAAGCAGUAUCGAAACUUAUGGAAGAGACUGACAAUACAUUGGUUGUCGAAGAAACGAUCUACCGUGUCAUGGAUUGUCUCUUCACCACGUUCAACCUGCGACAUAUGUACUGGCCUGAACUACGAUGCCUCAAGACAUGUUGUCGUGUUUUCGAAAAGCUGAUCCAAUUGAAGCUUCCAGUGCUUGCGGACCACUUUGAGCACCACGAACUCAAUGUUGGACUGUUCGCCCUUGGUUGGUUUCAGACGCUGUUCUUGUAUUUGCCUUCGAUGCCAUCGGCGACAGUAUGCCACAUUUGGGAUAUUUGGCUGGUUGAACGAAGUUUCAAGAUCUUCUUUCGCGUUGGCACUGCCAUUUUGUUCCUGAGCCAACCGAUUCUUUUGAACCACGAACUUGAGGGUAUGAUGACAUACCUCAACACGUUCCCAGAUGCUACACUGUUGAAUCCUGAUAUCUUGAUUGCCUGUGCACUUCAAAUCAAAGUCACGAACAAGAUGCUCAUGGAGAUCGAAGAGAAUCUGCAGUCGUAG